AUGGCUGGAAUCGAUGGGGAACAGGUGGUCUUCGCCCUGCCCCCGGCGGACAUCGCUGACAUCGUCGUAGGGCCGCUGGCUAAGGCCCGGCAUUUCUGCGGCGAUGCGGAGGGCUGGGGACCGAUCAGCUCCAUCAGAUAUGGCCUCACACCUUGCUUUCUGGACGUCUGGAUCUGCUUCGUAGCUGUUUUCGGCCUGGUAGGAGCUGCCGGAGCUCUCUGGCUGCUCCUCCGGCACAGAACGGCGGAGAACAUCCCCCGGAACUGGCACUUUUAUGCUAAGCUGUCAUUGAUAUGGGCUCUCGUCAUUGUCGUCGGCCUACAGGCAUCGCUGCAGAUCGAAAACCUCCCUCACGUGUGGGCCAGCGACUUUAGAUUCUGGACCACCGUCCUACUUCUGCUCUCCCUCAUCGGCAUAUAUGCAGUCCAGUACCACGAGCACUGGCGAAGCCGCCAGCCAAACGGGGUGGUCUUGUUCUACUGGCUAUUCUUCCUCAUCGCGCACGGCGUCAAGCUUCAGUCGUUGGUGUCACGCAAGGUCUAUCAGGAUCAUUUGCCCUACUUUAUCACAUUCAAUGUCGGGCUCGGCAUUGCCAUCGUGGAGUUUAUCCUCGAGUAUUUCGUCCAGAAGAAGCAGAGCGUUUAUCACGCAUUGGGUGAUGAGGAUGAGUGUCCGUACGAAUACGCGGAUAUCUUCUCAGUCCUCACGUUCUCAUGGAUGACACCGCUCAUGAAACAGGGCUACAAGACCUUCCUCACCCAAGAUGACAUGUGGAAUCUACGAGACCGAGACACCACUCGCGUUACGGGCCAGAUGCUACAGUCUGCCUGGGAAGAUGAGCUCAAGAAGAAGAAACCGUCACUGUGGAUGGCAUUGUUCAGAGCGUUCAGUGCUCCUUAUUUCCGCGGUGCCCUCAUCAAAUGCUUGAGCGACAUUCUAGCAUUUGUUCAGCCACAGCUCCUCCGUCUACUGAUCAGCUUCGUUGAUUCCUAUCGAACCGAGACCCCACAGCCGGCUAUUCGUGGAGUCGCCAUUGCACUUGCUAUGUUCCUCGUCUCUGUUGUCCAGACUACCUGUCUACAUCAGUACUUCCAGCGCGCAUUUGAAACCGGUAUGCGCGUCAAGUCGUCGUUGACGGCGAUGAUCUACACCAAGUCCUUGAAACUAUCGAACGAGGGCCGUGCAACCAAGUCUACCGGUGAUAUCGUAAACUAUAUGGCUGUUGACCAGCAGCGCCUCUCUGACCUAGCUCAGUUUGGAACACAGCUCUGGUCGGCUCCCUUUCAGAUAGUUCUAUGCAUGCUAUCUCUCUAUGAUCUUAUCGGAUGGAGCAUGUGGGCUGGAAUUGCAGCUAUGGUACUGAUGAUUCCACUUAACGGCAUCAUCGCCAACAUUAUGAAAACCCUGCAGGUCAAGCAGAUGAAGAACAAGGAUAGGCGAACGAGAUUGAUGACCGAGAUCUUGAAUAAUAUGAAGAGCAUCAAGCUCUACGCCUGGAACACUGCGUUCAUGAGCAAGCUAAACCAUGUACGAAAUGACCUCGAACUCAACACUCUCCGCAAAAUUGGUGCUACCCAGGCCAUUGCCAACUUUACCUGGUCCUCAACGCCCUUCUUGGUGUCGUGUUCAACUUUUGCCGUCUAUGUCUGGGUUACUGAUAAACCUCUCUCCACCGACAUCGUUUUCCCGGCCUUGACUCUUUUCAACUUGCUCACCUUCCCGCUUGCUAUCCUGCCCAUGGUUAUUACCUCUAUUAUUGAGUCCUCUGUUGCGGUUUCACGAUUAACCGCGUAUUUGACUGCCGAGGAAUUGCAAGAAAAUGCUGUUCUAUACCAGGAGGCAGCCGCGCAUCCCGGAGAUGAGGCCGUCCUCAUCCGCGAUGCCACCUUCACCUGGAAUAAAUACGAGAGCGGAAAUGAACUGGAAAAUCUCAAUUUCAGUGCCCGAAAGGGUGAAUUGAGCUGCAUUGUGGGCCGUGUCGGAGCUGGUAAAUCAUCACUCCUCCAGACACUGCUUGGUGACCUGUAUAAAAUCAGCGGAGAAGUUGUAGUCAAGGGCCGCAUUGCCUAUGUUGCUCAACAAUCGUGGGUUAUGAAUGCCAGUGUCAGGGAUAACAUCGUCUUCGGGCAUAGAUGGGACCCUCACUUCUAUGAGCUAACCGUCGCCGCCUGUGCGUUGGUAGAUGACUUCAAAACGCUGCCUGAUGGCGAUCAGACUGAGGUUGGAGAGCGCGGAAUUUCGUUGUCUGGAGGCCAAAAGGCGCGUCUUAGCUUGGCCCGAGCUGUAUACGCUCGUGCUGAUGUUUACCUCCUUGAUGACUGUCUUUCGGCCGUUGAUCAACAUGUUGGAAGACAUAUCAUCAACCGAGUCUUGGGCAAGAACGGUAUUCUAGCUAGCAAGACCAGGAUUUUGGCUACCAAUGCUAUUACCGUCCUGAAGGAAGCUGACUUCAUUGGUUUACUUCGCAACCGUACAAUUAUUGAAAAGGGAACCUAUGAACAGCUUCUCGCAAUGAAGGGAGAAAUCGCCAACCUAAUCCGCACAGCUGUCACUGAGGAUGACUCUGGAUCUACUGGAAGCAGCAAAGACGACGGUUUGGAAAGCUCCGAGUCGUCAUCAACCGUGAUCGAGAUCGGUGAGGAUAGUCCUGGAAUUUCAGACGCAGAGGAAGCCCAAGAACGCUUUGCACCUCUUGCUCCCAUCAGAAGUAGCGGAGGUGGCAAACCUCGCCGUGAAAGUAUGGCCACACUACGCCGCGCAAGUACCGUCAGCCGACCGAACUUUAGAGGAAAGGUUACGGAUGAGGAAGAGGUCCUAAAGUCCAGACAGACCAAAGAGUCCAUGGAACAAGGCAAGGUUAAAUGGAGUGUUUAUGGUGAAUACGCUGCAACGAGCAAUCUCUACGCUGUCGCGUCUUAUUUGAUUAUCUUGGUUAUGGCACAUGCUACGCAAGUCGCUGGAAACUUUUGGCUGAAGCAAUGGUCAGAAGUAAACGAAAAGGAGGGAAAGAAUGCAGAGAUUGGAAAGUACCUUGGAAUUUACUUCGCACUUGGAAUCGGCUCGUCAGCUCUUGUGAUUCUACAGACUUUGAUCCUCUGGAUACUGUGCUCUAUUGAGGCUUCGCGAAAACUGCAUGAGAGGAUGGCCUUUGCUAUCUUCAGAUCUCCUAUGAGCUUCUUUGAGACUACUCCUGCUGGCCGUAUCCUUAACCGCUUUUCCAGCGAUAUGUACCGUGUCGAUGAGAUGCUUGCCCGAACAUUCAAUAUGUUAUUCUCCAAUGCUGCCCGUGCCAUAUUCACAGUUGUUGUUAUCAGCAUCUCUACACCGCUGUUCCUUCUGCUAGUCUUGCCACUUGGCUUUGUCUAUCUGAGCUACCAGAAGUAUUAUCUCAGGACGUCGCGUGAGCUUAAACGUCUAGAUAGUGUUAGCAAGAGUCCCAUCUUCGCACACUUCCAGGAGAGUCUUGGUGGCAUCUCCACUAUCAGAGCAUUCAGACAGCAGAAGCGGUUCGCACUGGAAAAUGAAUGGCGAAUGGAUGCAAACCUCAGGGCAUACUUCCCUUCAAUCAGCGCCAACAGAUGGCUUGCUGUACGACUAGAGUUCCUCGGAUCCAUCAUCAUCCUUUCAGCAGCUAUAUUCGCUAUCAUAUCAAUCACUAUGCACACCGGCAUAACGGCCGGUAUGGUUGGUCUUGCGAUGUCAUAUGCACUCAUGAUCACCCAAUCUCUCAACUGGAUCGUUCGACAGACUGUCGAGGUGGAGACGAACAUCGUCUCCGUCGAGCGUGUCCUUGAAUAUGCAAAUUUGCCAAGCGAGGCACCGGACGUUAUCUUCAAAAACCGACCUACUCUGGGCUGGCCAUCCCAGGGUGCACUUACUUUCAACAAUUACAGCACUAGAUACCGCCCCGGGUUGGAUCUCGUGUUGAAAGGCAUCAACCUCAGCAUCAAGCCCCACGAGAAGAUUGGCGUUGUUGGGCGAACGGGGGCCGGAAAGAGCUCGUUGACUCUGGCUUUGUUCCGUAUUAUCGAAGCAGCUGAGGGUCAAAUCAGCAUCGACGGGUUGGAUAUCAGCAAAAUUGGCUUGCAGGACCUACGUGGUCGUCUUGCCAUUAUUCCCCAGGAUGCAGCUUUGUUUGAAGGUACUAUUCGGGACAACCUCGACCCGCGUCACGUACAUGACGACACGGAACUAUGGAGCGUUCUUGAACAUGCACGUCUUAAAGACCAUGUCACUAGUCUACCCGGCCAGCUGGAUGCGCAGAUACAGGAAGCAGGAUCCAACCUCAGUCAGGGACAACGACAGCUCAUCUCGAUGGCCAGAGCGCUAUUGACUCCGAGCAACAUCCUGGUUCUCGAUGAAGCAACUGCCGCUGUUGAUGUUGAAACGGAUGCCCUGCUGCAGCAGAUGUUGCGCAGUAGCAUCUUCGAAAACCGGACUAUCAUCACGAUCGCGCACCGUAUCAACACCAUCCUAGAUAGCGAUCGGAUUAUCGUCCUUGACCGUGGCACUGUAGCAGAAUUCGACACGCCUGCCGAAUUAAUCCGCCGCGGAGGACAGUUCUACACUCUCGUCAAGGAAGCAGGGUUGCUUGAAACCGGCACCUCUUCCCCGGCAGCCCUGGACAAAUAG